AUGGGAGGCAAGAAGCGGAAGCAGGAGAAGCAGGAUGUGGAGGAACAGGAGCCGGAGGAGGGCCCACGGCGGCAGAGGGCAGAGGAGGCAGGCGGCCAGCCGAAGACCGGCCCAGGCCGUGGUGCAACAUCCAAGCCCAGCGCUGUGCAGAUGCUCAAGCCAAAGUCCGGCCGGCACACUACGAUGUCUGUCGCACUACCCGCCAGCAUUGUGGAAAACGCGCAAGGUGGCGAGUUGAAGGCAGUCCUUGUCGGGCAGAUUGCGCGAGCCCUGACCAUCUACGGCGUCGACGAGGUGGUGAUCUUCGAGGAUCGCACAGAUGCUGUGGAGAGCGAAGAGGACGGCGUGUCCAAUAGCAUGGCAUUCUUCGCGCGGAACCUGCAGUACCUGGAGACUCCCCAGUACUUGAGAAAGCAGCUGGUACCUCAUCACAAGGACCUCAAGUGGGUGGGCUUGCUCGCCCCGCUGGAUGCACCGCAUCACCUGCGCAAAUAUGAGAACCUUCCAUACCGAGAAGGAGUUGUGCUAAAGAAGCAGAUGAACCGCCCUCAAACAGACGGCGACGAGGAUGAGCAAAAGGGUUGCUGGGUAAACUGCGGUUUGGAAGACCCCGUGUGGGUGGCAGGCUCAGAAAUCGCUACAGACGUGAGGGUCACGGUCCGCCUGGAUGAGGACGCCCGCGGCCGCGGCCGUGGCGGAGGCCGUGGCGGAGGAGGAGGCCGCGGCGGCGCCGCGCGGCGAGGACGGGCGGUGGACCCCCAGGAGCCUCGAGAGCAGCUGGGACUCUACUGGGGCUUCCAAACAAGGUUGGCCGGCAGCCUGAAAGCUGUCUUCGAUGAAUGCCCCUGGGAUGGAGGUUACGACCUUUCGAUUGGCACCUCUGAGCGGGGCGAGUCACUGGGGUUGGGGCGAUUGCCAAAAUUCAGGCAUUUGCUGCUGGCUUUCGGUGGCCUGGGUGGAUUUGAAGAGGUGCUUGCUGAUGCAAAGAGUGGCUACCAGGCUGACACAGACCCUGUGUCUCUGUUCAGCCGAUAUGUCAACGUGUGCCCACGUCAGAAGUCUCGGACAAUUCGCACCGAAGAGGCACUGCUGAUAACCUUGGCAAUCCUUGACCCGCUUAUUGCCGAGAAAUGA